AUGUCUGACUCUCGAAAACGUAAGCCAAUUCACAAAGAUGCCAAUAGCAGAAAAAAACCAAAGGGGUACUAUAAAAGGCAAUCGAACACUACUACACCAGUGGGUUUGAAACCGGGAAUUUCAGGGAUAUUUGUGAGUUGUCCCAAGGAUAGGGAACGAUUAUGCGUUCGAGAAUGUUAUAACCUAUUUAAUGAGACCAAUCCUCCUGUUGACCCAACAAACUUUGUUCAUUACAUACUUUCUGAUCUAUAUGACAACAAGCUUAAAAAGUCUAGAUUUAUUCAACGAUUAACGCCAAUAACUAAAGCCUGUUAUGCCGAUAUGCCUGAAAUUAUUGUACUAGCAAAAGAAGUUAUUGGUGCUCAUUUUCAUUCACAAGAUGAAAUUACCAAAGAGGAAAAGAAAAACAUUCAUUACUCGAUUGUACCAAGAAUCCGAAACAAUAAGAUGAUAGACAGGACGCAAUUGAUCGACACUUUGGCAGGAAUAGUUGGCAAACAGCAUACAGUGAAUCUUGAUAAUCCUGAGCUAGCGGUCCUUGUCGAGGUGUUUAAGAACGUUUGUGGUAUAAGUGUUGUGAGAGACUACUUGAAAUUCAAGAAAUUCAAUUUAGAGUUGAUACCCAGCACAGAUGACAAUCUUAACGCUGAAUCUACGCAA